AUGGGCAAUUUCAAUGUUGUGCUGAGUCAGGAGGACAGAUUACAUGGGACACAAGUUCAAGAUUAUGAAACAAGGGACUUUAGGGAGUUCAUGGUGGAUAAUGGCUUGGUAGAACUGCAAACUAUCUGUAGGAAUUAUACUUGGACAAAUAACCAUACUUUUAGCAGGAUCGACAGAGCUAUAGUAAAUGCAGCAUGGUUGAAUAAUAUGACAACAUUGAUAGUCCAUAUAUUAGACCCACAUAUUUUUGAUCAGUCUCCUUUGAGGAUCAACUUUGCUGGACAAACCGAUAGAGGAGGAAAACCAUUCAGGUUUUUCAAUUGCAUAGCCAAGCAUAAACAAUUCUUAACAGUAGUAGAGGAAGGGUUGAAGAAACUCAAUUUUGAACAAUUUCAUGGAGUGGAUAGAAGGCUGAAACAAAUAAGAAAGCAGUUGAAUGAAGUUCAGGAGAAGCUAGGACAAUCUAUCCAGGAUGAUAUCUUAAUUGAGGAAGAAAAAGUGCUCAAGAAACAAUUAGAGAAAUGGGGAGUGAUUGAAGAAAGCAUCUACAGGCAGAAGUCUAGAGUUAAAUGGUUAAAGGAAGCAUGGAUAAUUAUAGGGGAUGAGGUUACAGAAGCUGUCUUAGAUUUCUUCAAGACUGCUACUAUGUUUAGAGCUGUGAAUUGCACUUCAGUAACACUGAUUCCAAAGGUAAAAAAUCCAGCAUCCAUAAAAGAAUAUAGGCCUAUUUCAUGCUGCACUACAGUAUACAAACUCAUUUCUAAGAUCUUAACGAAGAGGCUACAGACAGUUAUGAACGAUUUGGUGGACGAUUGCCAGUCGGCUUUUGUGCCAGGCAGGAUGAUCACAGAUAAUAUAAUACUUAGCCAUGAAUUGGUUCAGGGUUAUGGAAGAAAAGGAAUUUCACCAAGAUGCACAAUAAAGUUGGAUAUGCAAAAAGCGUACGAUUCUCUUGAGUGGGUAUUUCUAGAACAAAUUCUAAUUGGUAUGGCAUUCCUGGAUAUGUUUGUAAAAUGGGUUAUAAGCUGUGUCAAUACAGUGUCUUAUUCUAUCCUACUGAAUGGAAAACCAACACCACCUUUUGAUGCCAGGAGAGGACUAAGACAAGGAGAUCCUUUGUCGCCAUUUCUCUUUGUAUUAGCAAUGGAAUACCUAACCAGAAACCUGAAGACCUUAAGGAAAAUACCUGAUUUUAACUAUCACCCCAGAUGUGAUAAAAUGCAAAUAGUGCAGCUUGGGUUUGCCAAUCAUCUUCUAUUGUUUUGCACGGGUGAUAGAGGAUCAGUAAAAUUAUUAUAUGACUGUUUUCUGCAAUUUUCCCAUGCCUCAGGUUUAACAGUCAACAAGCAUAAAAGUUCCAUCUUCUUUGAUGGAGUUUCUGAUAAUGAGAAGAAGGAAAUUAUGGAAGAUUUGGGAAUCCCUAAAGGUGAACUACUAGUAAGAUAUCUUGGAGUGCCCCUCAGUACUAAAAGAUUAUCAGUUUCACAAUGUCAGCCUUUAGUAGACAGAAUGACAGGGGAAAACGAGAUAACUAGAAAGGCAUUAGUUUCAUGGGACAAAGUCUGCUAUCCCAAAUCAGCUGGAGGUUUUAAUGUGAUUGAUAUCCAUAUAUGGAAUAAGGCUGCUAUAUGCAAACACUUAUGGGAUCUAUGCAAGAAAAAAGACAGAUUAUGGAUCAAGUGGGUCCAUAACUACUAUGUGAAGAGAAAUCACUUGUGGGAGAUUAAACCUAGAAAUGCUUCUUGGAUGGUGAGCAAGGUGUUUAAGGCAAAGGAGACUGUUGAAGCGGCUGGCUACACAUAUGAAGAUCUGAUGGAUGUUACUCAGUUCUCAAUUAAGAAGUUCUAUCACAGGUUAAGAGGUGACUUCCACAAGAUUAGCUGGAGAAGACUAGUGUGUAAUAAUCCUGGAUGCAACAAAUGGACUUUUAUCUUGCAACUGGUAGCUCUUGGGAGAAUAUAUACAAAGGACAGACUGCUUAAGUGUGGUGUAGUAACAAACUUAGAGUGUCCUCUAUGCAACACUGAAGAUGAAUCCAUAGAACAUAUGUUCUUCAGCUGCAAGUUCUCUGCAGAAUUAUGGACCAAAUUGCUCAACUAG